AUGCACUGUGUCCCUCGGACACAGCGGAUCACCGAUCACAGAAAGAGCUGAAGAUGUUGGCUCGGUCAUGUGAUCAGCUGUGUCCAAUCACAGCUGAUCACUGAUGAUCAGUGUUCCCUGAUGAUCAGUGUAGCCCCAGCAGUGCCAGCUGUCAGUGUCCAUCAGUGCCAGCUGUCAGUGUCCAUCAGUGCCACAUCAAUGCCACAUAUCAGUGCCUACCAGUGCACAUCAAUGCCACAUAUCAGUGCCCAUCUGAGCUGCCUUUCAGUGUCACCCAUCAGUGCCAGUCAGUGCCACCUAUCAGUGCUGCCAAUCAGUGCCACCUAUUAGUGCCAGUCAUUGCCGCCUAUCAGUGCCAUGUAUCAGUGCUGCCUUUCAGUGCCCAUCAGUGAUGCCU